UUUCCAUUCUUCUGCUUUCUUUCGUUGCUGUUGUAUCGCGUCUGCGUGCCUUGCGUGAGCUAGGGUUUUCAACCGAGUCGCUAAAACCUUCUUCGCCUCCUUCGACGGCGUUCCUUCUGUCGAAUCGGAAGUCGCGAAAGUUCGCUUCUUCUUGUUGGAUCGGACGUAGCGACGGGAGCUCGCUUCCUGUGAAAGUAACUAUCUUCUUCAGCCAAAUCCCCUAAAUCCGCCGAACUCCAGGAUUCCGUAAAUCUACCGGCUGCUUAAAUCCUGUUCAUAAAUCCUACUUAAAUCCUGCAUAAAUACUGUUGUCAGCCCCAUAAUAUCCCACCUUCCUUCAUCUUCUGCAAUCAACCACUAGCCACAAUGGCUGCGGACACGCUGCCUCGGCCCAUGAAAAUCGCUGAGGCCACCUACCACAUCCAAUUAUUCCUCAUCGAAUGCCCUUCAUGCUCCACUGAACAGCUUCUCACUGCUGGUUAUCUCCUGUCCCGCCCAGAUUAUCAGGACAUUGUUGUCGAGCGCUCCAUCGUGGGCUUCUGUGGCUACCCUCUUUGUCAUAACCGUCUUCCUUCUGUGGACCGCAAUCGCCAUGCCCGAUUCAAAGUCUCUCUUCGAGAUCAGCGUAUCUACAACCUCGAAGAGACCUAUAAAUACUGCUCCGAAGCUUGCCAGGUCCGUAGCAUGGCAUUCUCCAAGAGCCUCAGCACGGAACGUGCAUGUGAUCUGAAUCAAGCAAGAAUUGAGCAAGCCCUCAGGUUGUUUGGGAAUUUGGAUGUUGGAGGCGAGGAAUUCGAGGAUGAAGGAGAUGUGGGGAUUAAGAGUUUGAGCAUUAAGGAGAAAGGGGUUGCUGGAGCAGGUGAAGUUUCUUUAAAUGAGUGGAUUGGGCCAGCGAAUGCUAUCGAGGGAUAUGUGCCCCAACGUGAUAGAAUCACAGAUUCUGGGUUAAACAUUAUACCUCAACAACAUUUUGGGAAGAAGAUUGAGGGUGCUAGAGAUAGUCGAGCACCAUUUGCUAGUAGUAGUCUGCUUGUGGGUAAUGAGUCUAAUGAAAUUCAUUUAAAAGAAUCUUCUAAUGUUAAAUUGCCGAGAGCUAAAAAAAGAGAUGCAAACAAUGCAGAUAAGAAAAAAAAGUCAAAGAAAACUGCAUCAAAGACAUCCAAACUUAAAUUGAAAAAAAAUCCAGAUGAUUAUGGGCAUGGUAAUAUGGAUUUCACAAGCAGUGUAAUUGUCGGGACUGGAUUUGAUGAUCAUAAUGCUUUGUCUCUCACAGGACAGGAUAUUUCAGAAGUGAUAGCUAAACAGUUGGAAAAUGUGGUCCUUGAAGAGAAGAAAAUUGAAAAAAAAGUUGGUAUAUCAAAACCAUCUAGAUUCAAAGAUCAUAAAAAAUUAGAAGAUGCAACAAAUGAAAAAGUUCUUUCAAAGGAGAUUAAUGGAGUAUUGGUUGAUGUUUGCUUUGGAGAGGAGUCAGACAAAACUGCAGUUAAUAUAUCUAAUUAUGAAGAAUUUUCAGAAAAGAAGGCUUCAUCAAAUGAAACUAUGGUUAUGGAACUUGAAGACAAAAUUUCUUCAGCGAAGAAGGAAAUAUCAAAGGAGAAAUUGCUUAAGUCUUGCUUAAAGAAUUCAGGAUCCAGAGUUGGAGACCAUUAUGUUAAAUGGGCUGAUGAGAAAAGAAAUGCAUCUUUUGAGGAUAAAAUGACCAUACCUCAAGAAUCAUCAGAAGAACUAUUUGAUAGCUCUGUACGUAUUGCAUCAGCUGAGGUUUGUGCUGUUGCACUCACCCAGGCUGCAGAGUCUGUUGUAUCCGGAAAAGCUGAAGUUGGGGAUGCGGUUUUAGAGGCUGGAAUUUUAAUCUUACCACAAUUACAAUGCCUCGAAGGAGAAAGGGUAGAUGAUGAGAAUAUUUUCAAAUUUGAUCAAGGUAUAGUAAAAUGGCCUAAGAAGACAGUGCUUUUAGACACCAAUAUGUUUGAGGUCGAAGACUCAUGGCAUGAUACACCACCAGAAGGUUUCAGCCUAAAUCUAUCACCAUUUGCAACAAUGUGGAUGGCACUGUUUGGAUGGAUAACUUGUUCUUCAUUGGCAUAUAUAUAUGGACAUGAUGAAAGCUCCUAUGAAAAUUUCAUGCUUAUUAAUGGAAAGGAGUAUCCAAGAAAGGUAAUCAUGAGUGAUGGGAAGUCAUUAGAAAUAAGGCAGAUACUGGAUGGCUUCAUUUGUCGUACCUUGUCUGUUGUUGUCAAGGAUCUAAGCCUACCAGUAUCAGUUUCAACCUUGGAAAAGUUCAUGGGCUGCUUGCUGAACACAAUGUCUUUUAUGGAUGCAAUACCUUCCUUCAAAAUUAGACAAUGGCAGGUCAUUGUACUUCUGUUUAUUGAAGCCCUUUCUGUUCAUAGACUUCUGGUUCUGGCUCCGCACUUGAUGAGCAGGGGUACACAACUCGAACAGAUGCUUAAUCCUGCUCAAAUUAGCUAUGAGGAGUAUGAAAGUAUGAGAGAUCUCAUACUUCCGCUUGGCAGAUCAACUGAAUUCUCCAUAUAGAACAAUAUAGUGAGACUCUGUAGCUUUUGGUGAUGAAACUGUACAACUGUUUAGAUCAAAUGUGGGAAAGUGGUUGAGCAAUUUUGUGUUGUUUAUUUGUAUAAAUUUUGUAAAACUUUGUUCUAUUUUUGAUAACCCUCCAAGCACCUAUUUUUCUAUCUGACAUCAAAUAGUGAGAUCCAAUUUGUUUAAAAAAUUGCUUCA